GUCGAGCGCUACUACCAGCGAGCUUUGGACAUCUACGAGCGAACACUGGGUCCCGAUGACCCGAAUGUGGCCAAAACCAAAACAACCUGGCAUCGGCCUAUCUCAAGCAGGGGAAAUAUAAAGAGGCUGAGCUGCUGUACAAGCAGGUGCUGACGCGGGCGCACGAACGGGAGUUGGCUGUGUGUCUGGUGACAAUAAGCCCAUCUGGCAACUUGCCGAAGAACGCGAGGAGAACAAGAGUCAACGCCGGACAACGCCCCCUACGGCGAGUAUGGCGGAUGGCACAAGGCAGCCAAGGUUGACAGCCCCACUGUGGCUACCACACUGAAGAACCUGGGUGCCCUAUAUCGACGACAGGGCAAGUACGAGGCAGCCGAGACACUGGAGGACUGUGCUCUUAGGGCGCGCAAGGAGGCUCUGGAACAGCGGCAUGGCCGCUCAAUACCCUACUUGGACUUCUCGACGCACAAGGACAAGAGGCAGAGUGGCAGUGGCAAGUCCGGGUCGCGGAGGGGUUCGCGCGAGUCCCUCGACAGUGUCAACUACGAUGGCCAGCCGCAGGACGAGGACUUCAUUGGGGCUCGUAACCAGGGGCUGCAAUCCUCGAAGCUGACUUGCAUUGGCUUGCUUCAUUCCCACACUGCCACUCCCAACAAUGAUAUCGGGAGCAGCCUCUGACUGCACAGAUGAGGAUGUUGCAAGAUGCUUGUUUGUAUGUCAUAUCCUACUUAUUGCUCAUUGUUGGCUCUUCUAGGCUCUAAUUCUCAUGUUGGAGGGCAUGCCGUAAAGUGCCCAACAUUAUUACACUCAACCAAAAGCAGUCAUUGCCAGAGAGUUACUGUAGGAUAUCACACACUCGUGCAGGACGGAAUGCAUCUUAAAAAUGAAAGUGCUUUUUACGCUUGAUCGUCGCUGUCGGAGUUUUUUUUUAGAGGAAGAGGCAGACUUCAGUAGUGCUGCAGCAGAAAGUGACUGCUACUUAUCAAAUGUAUUGCUGGGGAAACAUGCCAAGUAGCAGUUUGCAAAUAAAGCACAAAGCGAAACUGCACAACACAAUGCCACCUGCAGAAUUUAACGUCGAGAAUAAUUGUGUUCAUGCAAAAGGCUGCUGAAACCUUUUUUCGUACUAGCAAUACAAUGUUACGUACUUUGUGGGCAGCUCUCUGUGCAAGUUGGCAAUUUCACUUCUUCUGCCUCAGAAAUGGAGCACUGUACAGUCUAAUUACGUGCUUGCAAUUUGCUGGUGUUCAGUGAUCCCACACACAAUUAUGUGCCAAGCAUGUCUUUGGGGUUUUGUGUUUGGCAAGUUUAUAAGGGAGGUUUUAAAUUAAUGUAACUGUGAUAAACAGGUGCAAAGUUCCUACGGCAGCUGUCUCGUGUCACAAACUUAGUCGGAGCAUAUUUUUUCGUUGUUGUCAUUUAGUGGGGCCAGUGGCAAGAAGCAAUUAAAUUGCUCAAGCAGGAUUCUUUAUUUUGUUUUCUUAUUCUUUUUCUAUACUUUAUGCAAAUCUGUGAUCAUGUUUUUCUAAUCUUGAGCUACUUUUCUUAUCGUGACAAUUUUAAGAAAAAUGGGGUAGGUUUAAGGGCUUGUAGUAUAACACACUUGUGCAUGCCAUAUAUUUUUUUUCAUACUACUGCCAACUUUAUUGCUCUUACUCAUCUUUUAAUUUUUACUGCUAUUUCUUAUCUUUUGCACAUCUUUUAAUGGCAUAACUUUUUGAAGCAGAUUUAGAAAAACAUUUUAGUGUUCAAAUUGGUGCAUGCGGUAUGUUGUUUGCAACGGAUAACUUUUCAUGGGGCUAAACAUUUGCUUUCUUAUAUACAUUGGUGCAAAGGUUUAAAGUAGAACCUCGUUCAUGCAGUAUCAUUUUGUAUGAUUUCCUAGUGCCAGCGUUGGCAGGUUUGAACAAGGCAAAUUAUCCUGUUUGGCUGUGCUUCAUUUGCUACAACCUCAUCAUACGUUAUCAAUUCAGUAGAUUGGAUAUGAGCCAGAAAAGGUGUAAGGCCUGUGUGACUAACACCAAGAGGCACAACAGCUAAGUUGUAGAAAACUUCCACAGUCACUAAGUGGGCUCUUGUGUUUUGAGGUGUCUUACAACGUGCUUUUGUUAGGAUGCAAGUCUUCACCAAAUUUACCUUGCCCAGGAUAGUACAAGCUUCAUCGUGUGCUAGAGUGUUAUUUACCAUCUGUGCUGGAUCGAAGCUAUAAUGUCUUUUAGUUGCUUUGGUUUGUACCUUGUUUAGGAUAACAACAGCACAUGAACGAGGUUCUAGUGUAUGUGGGGUCAAUGUUCUCUACCUUUCAUCAUCUUUUCUUGGUCAAGGGAUCUUUGAUUUUCAUUAAUAUGUUUAUGCAGUUGAACCUCAGCAAUUCAAACUCCAAGAACCUCAAGAAUUUGUUCUACUCAAUCAGUUCGUUAUAAGAAAAGGCCAGUGAUGUGUCGAGCAAUGUGGCACAGUGUGUUGCAUUAACAUACUUGUCAAGUUGGGAUACAUUUACACUCAGCUUUUUUUUUUUUUUUUGCUGCUACGGACCGAACUUGCGACGUUUGUACUACUAUAAUUGCCAACUCUUCCACAAGAAAUAACCUUAAUUUCAAGGUAACCGUUGUUGUUUGGAUAGGAUAACCAAUCUUUGUUCCCAUGGUUUUGUUGUUUCAUUGAAACACUUGCUAUUUGAAAUUCACAUUUGCAAAUUGUGCAGCCAGUGAAAAUAAGUGGUGGCGCAAGCCUACGUUUAGAUCAUAUUUUUGAUAGUAAAUAAAAAUGGCACGCUUGUAUGAUAUCCACUGUGCUCCACGUGAGACCUGUGCAUAGCACCGCGAUGUCAGGCAUGUUCCAAAACUGGUCCUCGCUUAUUUGUCAGCUGAGCUGAGAGAUACACUGAGAGGUACCCACAAUCUUUUUCUUGCAAUGCAAUUGGCUGCGCAGCCCUUUCAGCAGUAAUGACCAGCAUGCGUUCAGUACAACCACUUUUUGAAUGUGCAUUGCUGGUGGAGUGUCACGCUAUCCAGCAUUCUCAAUUCGUAAAGCAAAUUGCCGGAAAUUUUCGUUCUUUGAAAUGCAUGUAAUCUCAAUGACAUGUUGUGUCAGUUCAAGUAUGCCACAAAGUUGGAAGUAGACGAGUUUGCAUUAAUGAGAUUCAACUGCAUGCACCUUUUCUUCUUUUAUGACAUGCUUUCUGUAAUUCUUAUUCAGUUUCAUUUCUGCUUAUUGCAGGGUGGUUAAGCUGAUUAUUUCUUCAUUUUUAGGACUUUUGAAAUGUUGCUAGGAUGUCUGUAUAUUUUGUUUGUUGUUUUGCUAAGCACGUUAUUUCUACAUCAGUUAUAUACUCGAGCUCUGUUGUUUCUGUGAAUAGGCAUUUUAUUCAUGCAAAUACUCUGUGCCACCAAGUGCCUCGAGCAAUUGAGGAUUUGUUAUUUUUAGUGGUUACAAUAAAAUGCUUUCAGAUGGCCGUAA